AAGAAACACAGAAAAAAAACCUUCCCAACCCCGGAGAAAGUUACAGAAGUCUCUUCGCUGGACCGGUCCCCCCUAUCAGUCUUCUCCGGCGGCCUUUUCUAUCCUCCUCCUCCCUCUUUUCCAAUCCCCCCUCUCGUCUCAUGAAGAAGCUAACGAAAUUUUUUGAGAAUCUCCUGAAGCCCUUUGCCCGCCGUCCAAAUGGAGAAUUGAAUAAGAAGGACCUAAAGGCGAUCGCUGCGAGAGAGCAAAAGGCCUUCCGCUACGAAACCCUAGCAGCCGCAACCUCCAAUUUCAGCCCCAAGAACAAGCUCGGCGAAGGGGGUUUCGGCCCUGUAUACAAGGGGCAGCUGGGGGAUGGGCGAUUGGUGGCGGUGAAGAGGCUCGGAAGAGGGUCGCGGCAGGGCGGGAAGGAGUUUACGAACGAGGCGAAGCUGCUUUCUCAAUUACAGCAUAAGAAUGUGGUUAAUCUCUACGGCUAUUGCGCUCACGCGGAAGACAAAUUACUUGUUUACGAGUAUGUAGCCAACGAGAGCCUUGACAAGUUACUCUUCUCCGGGGAAGGAUCGGAGUUUCUCCAUUGGGAACGGAGGUUCGAGGUGAUUGUUGGGGUAGCAAAAGGUCUUCUAUACCUGCAUGAGGACGCGCACACGCCCAUCAUUCAUCGGGAUAUAAAGGCAAGCAACAUCCUCCUGGACGGUCGCUGGAACCCUAAAAUCGCAGACUUCGGCAUGGCUCGGCUCUUCCCAGAUGAACUCGCCCAUGUCCAAACCCGUGUUGCCGGCACCAAUGGCUACAUGGCACCGGAGUAUUUCAUGAGUGGCACUCUCUCCCCAAAAGUCGACGUCUUCAGCUUUGGAGUACUCGUCAUUGAGAUCGUCUCUGGUCAGAAGAACUCUAGGUUUUCUCCGCGUCAUGAUGCUGCCACACUCCUUGAAUUGGCUUGGAUGCUUUAUACAAGAAAAGAGACCAUGGACAUGCUUGAUCCUGCAUUGAGAUCCACUGCAGACGCUGCGCAGGUGGCUAUGUGCGUUCACAUUGGCCUCCUCUGCACCCAGGCUAACCCAAAGUUGAGGCCUGAUAUGCGCCGUGUCGUAGUGCUUCUUUCUAAGAAGCCCAGCACGCUCAAGGAGCCCAUCAAGCCAGGGACACCUUAUUUCAAGCCCAAAGGAAUAUCCCAUGGCCUCAGAAAUCCGAGCUACACGACAGGUGAAUCUUCUGGUGUAUCCUCUUUUGCCUCUAACAUUGCUUUGGAGCCCAAUCUUAACAAUACUGCGACCACUUCCUCUCCGUACUCUGCUACCACCAUGACCAGAACCGCUACCGCCACCAAUACCACCACUUCAAGAAGCUUAGUACUUAAUACCAUAUAGUACUAAUCUCUAACAUCGACAUAAAAUGUUAGAUUCUCACCUUAACUUCUUUCAUUUGCUUCAUGGCCUGCAUUCUUUUGGGGAGUGAAGGUUUUCCCCCUUGCAAUGUAUCAUUUUAGCUGUAGUCUAUAGGUUUUGUUAUUCAUUUUACUGAGUAUUAUCACCUUUUAUUUCUUUUUAUCUACUCAUAUUUGAAGAUUUUUAUAUGAUUUUAUCCCCAACGACUGUAGAUAGUAUAAAUAUUAAGAGCUUAGGAUGUGGCUUGUAUUCUUUCGUAUUACAUCAUUUGGCU